CGCCGCGACAUGCCCAUGCCGACCGCCAACCUCAGGUCGCGCGCCGCCAUGGCCGCCACCGCCGCAGCCACAUGCCUCGCGGUCCUCGCGGCGGCGGCGCUUCUCCACCACAGGCGCAAACGGGGUCGGGCGCCAGCCUCGGCCAGCCGCCUCGGGGGACGGCGAGGGCGCCGCCUGCGCCGAGGUUGCGAGGAGGAGGAGAAGCCGCAUGACCGGUUCAGGCGCGUGCUCGCGGAUAACUCCUACUCCCCCUUCAAGCAUCUGCGUCACCAGGGGACCUAACAGGCUGGCUUCGGUCACGGCAGCGAGGCCCAGCAGCUGCCGCAAGAAUCAUCACAAAAGGUGCACCCAUUUGAGGAUGAAAUCACAUCCUUUGUGAACAACCCCCCAGGCUUUAAGAAUUUCAUGCCUGAUGGUCAAUGCCCAGAAAUGAGCAGUUCAUACAAUUGGAUCGAUACAGAAGCUCAAUUGGACAACAUGGCUAGGUUGCUGGAUGAUGAAAAGGCUUUUGCUGUUGAUACAGAGCAACAUACCCUUCGAUCAUUCUCAGGAUACACUGCACUAAUGCAGAUCUCUACCCAGAAGGCAGAUUAUUUAAUAGACACAAUAGCCCUGCAUGAUGUGAUGGGCAUGCUGCGACCAGUUUUUGCCAAUCCUUCAAUCUGCAAGAAUCAUCACAAAAGGUGCACCCAUUUGAGGAGGAAGUCACUUCCUUGCUGAACAACCCCCCCGGCUUUCAAAAUUUCAUGCCUGAUGGUCAAUGGCCAGAAAUGAGCAGUUCAUACAAUUGGGUCGAUACAGAAGCUCAAUUGGACAACCUGGCUAGGUUGUUGGAUGAUGAAACGGCUUUUGCUGUUGAUACAGAGCAACAUAGCCUUCGGUCAUUCUUAGGAUACACUACACUAAUGCAGAUCUCUACCCAGAAGGCAGAUUAUUUAAUAGACACAAUAGCCCUGCAUGAUGUGAUGGGCAUGCUGCGACCAGUUUUUGCCAAUCCUUCAAUCUGCAAGAUCUUCCAUGGAUCUGACAACGAUGUACUUUGGCUUCAGAGAGACUUUCAUAUUUAUGUCGUGAAUAUGUUUGAUACUGCUAAGGCAUGUGAGCUACUAUCAAAACCACAGAAGUCAUUAGCAUAUUUGCUUGAAUUAUAUUGUGGAGUAAUCACAGACAAGACAAUGCAGCGUGAAGAUUGGAGAUUACGCCCACUAACACCAGAAAUGAUUCAGUAUGCUCGUUGUGAUGCGCAUUAUCUGUUAUACAUUGCAAAUUGUUUGGCAUUAGAGCUUCAUGCAAAAAAUUAUGAUGCUUCAGAUUCUCCCAAUGACAAAAUCAAUUUUUUCUUCGAGGCUCGUCAUCGCUCAAAUAUGGUUUGCAUGCAACUGUAUGCAAAGGAAAUUGAAUGUCCACCAGGAUCAUCCUCUGCAGCAUCUAUUUUCUCAAGAAAUUUGCAAAACCAUGGUCUAGACUCCUAUAAAUCAAGUGAAGUGAAGGAUCUUGUUUGGAAAAUUUGUGCAUGGAGGGACUUAAUGGCUCGCAUGCAUGAUGAGAGCUUACGGUACAUUCUGUCAGAUCAAGCUAUAGCUUCUCUUGCUGUUUGUGUUCCAAGAGGUCCAACUGAGGUGUGUUCUGCCAUAUUAGAAACUGACAUAAGCAAUUCAACUAUGUCUCCUUCCUUGCCAUCGCCUUCACCUAUUGUUGUUGCUCACAUUGAAGAACUUCGUUGUCUGAUUGAGGACGCAACUGUCAGCAUGGAUGCCGUCUUUAAAAAAUUGCUUGAGAAGUAUAAAGAUCCAAGUGGAUUAUGUCGACUAUCAGUUUAUAAUUAUAACCUUGUAUCACAACUGAGCUUGAAGCAAACAAAUAUGUUCUCGUUUGCAUCAAGUGGAGAAAAGUUGUUGAUGGCACCACCCAACAAAAAGGCUUCUCGGGAAUUAUUCAUUAAAAAAUUCUCAUGUAAGUCCCCAGUAUAUCACAAUUGCAGGAUCUACGCCAGUGAUGGGAGACUACUUUGCUACUGUGACCACAAAAAGUUGGAAUGGUAUAUUCAACGUAAUCUUGCAAAACUAAUAGAAGAUAAUCCUCCAGCAAUUAUGCUCUUGUUUGAACCUAAGGGUCGCCCAGAGGAUGAAGAUAAUGACUUCUAUAUUCAGAGCAAGAAAAAUAUAUGUGUUGGGUGUGGAGAAAAGAGCCACUACAUCAGAUAUAGAAUAAUACCAUCCUGCUACAGGAUGCAUUUUCCAGAACAUCUGAAAAGUCAUCGUUCGCAUGAUAUUGUUCUUCUUUGCGUAGACUGCCAUGAAAUUGCUCACUCAGCAGCUGAGAAGUACAAGAGGGAAAUAGCAAAAGAAUUUGGAGUACCCCUUUUUGUACAGAAGAUAGUUAAUUCGGGUGAUAUAAGUUUAAUAGCUGGUGCAUCAUCAUCUGAAGAUAAAUUAAAUGGAACAGGUGUUUCUCCUUUGCAGCUGAGGACUGCUGCAAUGGCCCUUCUACGACAUGGAUCCAAUAUGCCUCUGAAGAGAUGUGAACAACUAAUGCAGAUUGUGAAAUCUUACUAUGGUGGUAGGGAUGUGACUCCUGAAGACCUUGAGAUGGCAUUACUUAUUGGCAUGAGUCCCCACGAGCGAAGGCGACUUUCAAAGAAAAAAGGUUUUUCUUACAGAUCUCAGGCUCAAAAUGUUAUUAGAAAGAACAACAGCAACAACAUUGUUGCGAAUAACCAACAUGAUUCAGAAAAUGGGUAUGCCUUACCUGAGCAAUUUUCAAAAGAUGGAGUUGAGAGUAACAGUCAACCAGACAUUGAUGAGAAUAAUAGCCAGCUAGAUGUUGAUGACACUACCAGUCAGCCAGACAUCAGAAGUAAUAAUCAUCUGCAUGAUCCAAAUCUAAGCCAAGAAAGCACAAGCUAUCCACUCAGUAUAGAGGAUCCUAUGUCUAUCUGUAACAUGGAGACAGAAACCGUGCAUCAAGCAAACGCAAACGUAGGUGGAAAUCCUGCAAACGGUGAUCUUGACAGGGAUCCAUGUAGCGGUGACAAUUCUAACCAAACCAUUCCCCAAAAUGGUGACAAGAAGAUAUCCCUGUUGGGUCAUGGGCAUCACGGUAAACAGGUCGUGGAACUUCUGCUUUCGACCGGUGGGGAGGAGGCUAUCAACCAGUUCUGCCAACGGUGGAGGCAGGUUUUUGUAGAGUCUGUUCACCCCCGUUAUCUGCCUUCGGGCUGGAAUAUAAAGCACAGCGGCCGACGGGAUUUUGGCGAUUUCAGUGUGUACAAGCCAUCAAAGAAUGCUCCUGCCGCGGAUCAAUCGGAGACCUUAGCUGCCACUGCACCCUGAGGUUCAAAUUACAUUCGAAGUUGAUUUUUACAUUUCAUCAAAAAACCUGAACCUGGUACCUGUACCCCUCCCCAUUCAUGUAUUUCUACUUGUAGGAAGAGUUGGGUGUAUGCAGAAACAUUGCAACAAAAAUAAAAUAAAUAUCGUUUUUUCUCUCCAAUAUUUAAACCCAGCAAGCCCACAACUACUAGCCUAACCCUCACCUCUAGAUUUUUUUGUGUGUGCGUGUCUGAUUUCUACUGCAGGAUAUCCUCAGCACAAUCCCAGCUAGUGUGAGUGUGGGUACUAUCUUUUCC